UGUACGGCGGAGAAGGAAUAAUAAGCCUGGUCAUCACAGGGAGCCCGUCAAUGUGUUACCAGUAACAAAAAUGGCCGGCUUGCGAAGUAGAAGAAAUUUAGCACUUUUUGGCAUUGUUCGGGUUAAAAGCUGACAAUUUAUUGGGCUAAUGUCGGUGCAUAUGUAUUUAAGAAAAUCUCUGCGCUGCUGUAAGAUAUUGACAUCAAGUACCAACAGGUAUCUUGGCCGUGAUGAAGUAAUGCCGGGUUUCCAACAAUUAGGGAGAUUGUACACUGCUGCUGUCCUAGGAAGAUCUGGUCACGAACAAACCCCACCCAAUUCCCAAAAUGAGGAUCCUCUUACCACCUCCCCCCAAGGAGUAGAACCCUCCCCACCCUUAAAUACACAGGCCUCCGUCCCCACUUCUUCUAAAGAACAGCCUCCCCCCUCCCCUCCUCCGGCCGGCUUGUGUUGUAUGAGUGGUUGUCAAAAUUGUGUAUGGCUGCAGUAUGUUGACGAUAUUCUGCAAUAUUACAAAGAGAACAAAGCCAAGGGCAAAGAGAACACAGUCAAGGUCAAAGACAUUCUGCAGGAAAUACCAGAUGAAUCAGUGAGAACUUUUGUUAAGCUCGAAUUGGGAAUCAAAUAAUAUGUUAUGAAAAUUCCCAGGUUUAUUUUAUAACCUUGUAAAUAAACUUUUAAGACACUAUUAUUUAUAUGAAAUCACACAUUGGUCAAUAAAGCUACAAACGACAAAUAUUUA